AGCCACACUACGAUGCCUCAAAAAACGAAAACGAAAUCCCACAGCGCGCACAAGAAAUCGACCCCGCCCCUCGUGAAAGCCUACCUCGUCCUCUACAACCUCCUCUCCGCCUGCGGGUGGUCCUACAUCCUCUACCUGACGCUCACCCACCUCGUCACGCCAUCAUCACCACCACCACCACCAUCGAUCUCCACGCCCGCAUACAUACCCCCAUUCGUGCCCCAGGCCCUCGUGCCUCUCUACACGCGCGCGACCACAGCAAGCACCGCCGUCGGCACUCCGACGCUGUACGUGCAGAGCGCGGCGCUUCUAGAGGUCCUCCACGUCCUCCUCGGCUUUGUGCGCAGUCCACUCGGCACCACCGCCACGCAGGUCGCGAGCCGGCUGUACCUCGUCUGGGGGAUCGCCCCGCGCUUCGAGUCGGCGCGCGCGAGCCCGUUCUUCGCUAGCAUGGUGCUCUCGUGGUCCGUGACGGAGGUCAUCCGGUACACGUUUUACGCGGCGUCGCUCGUGGGGGCCGAGCCGCGCCUGCUGACAUGGCUGCGCUACACCACGUUCUAUGUCCUCUACCCCACCGGCGCGGGCUCGGAGGCGUUCGUCGCGUUCGCGACGCUCCCGCUCAAGACGCCUCUCAACGAAUGGGACGUGGAGUCGAUCGGGCGCGCGGUGCUGUUCGGCAUUUGGUGGCCAGGGCUGUAUGUGAUGUACACGUACAUGAUGAAGCAACGUCGCAAGGUGUUCGGAGGACAAAGGACCGCGAAGCCCAAGUCUUCCUGAUUUUUGUGAAUAGAAGAACCGAUGAUCUGAUGAAACUAUUUACGAUAUCCCUCACGCUGUACUAGAACUGAGUCCGAAAGAGGCAGGCUAUCGUUGCAUUACAUGAUCACGGCUUGUUGUUCGCAUCCUGUGCAAACCCGACCCUCGCCCCGUUCGAAUAAUCAUAAAUCGAAUACCCUAGAUGAACCCCCCGAGCAUCCCAGCCCGCCACCGACGAGCACAUCAAUAUCGCACGCAGAACAACGGGACAGAUCAACGACUCACAGGACUUGAGAAACUCGUCCCCGACGAUGGCCAGGUUCGACGGAAACCCGUCCCCGGCCGCGAGGAUCCCGCCGACGCAGUCCGCGGAGCCGAGGGCCGUGCGCCCAAGAUUGAAGUCGCGCAGGUCGAGCGCGAAGCGGGUCCCGUCAAAGGACAGCUCGACCGUGGGCCGUGAUGCGCACGGGUAGGUAUAAAAACCGGGGCCGAACUGGGCCGCGAGUUUGGACCCUGGGACGAGGGCGUAGAACCGCGCGGCCAGUUCGUUUGGGAGGUAUACGAGCGUCGUGCCCGUGUCGAUAGCCUGUAGAGUGUAUUCCGGUAUCGAUAUCAGUUCGGAAACCAAGAAGAGAUGCACGAACGGCUAAAAUAUUUGUCUGGGCGACUUGGCCGUUCGCUGCGAUGCCGUCCAUGCCGAUGGCCCAAUAAGUCUGUGGAGGGAAUUGAUCAAUAAAGGCGCUGCUAUCAGCGUGGUGUGUCGCACCUGGGACUUUACCGGAAUCCAAGUGAUACUCCCUGUGCCGUCGAUACGGUCCGCAUCAACGCAGCCAAAGCAAACCUACAAAUAAAUCCCGCCUCAUCAAAGCCGCCCCACAACUGUACCAGUAAAGCGCACCUCGGAUCCAGUCUCCUGCCGCCGUUCAAGAUGGACCGAGAACAGCGGCGCGGCGAGCUGUCUCCCUUCGAUGAGGUUCUCGAAGAACGUCGGCCUGCGAGACUGCGCGAUCGUGCCGAAGGCCAUCCCAAGCAGGCCGUCGUUCGGCUGGCCCUGGAAGUCGGCAGACUCGCCGUCGAUGGCGCCAAAGGCCUGCUGCUGGACGGUGAACCCCGCGAUAGACACGACGUCGGUGGCAAGCGUGCCGGACACUGCGCCGCUCCCAUAAGUGAUCGAAAAAGGCUGGUUGGUGUUGGUGUACGUGCUGCUCUGCGCAGGGUCAAACGAGCGCCCGUUACAGCUGGUGCAGUUGACAGGGACCCAGAGGUCCGCGGAGCCAGUGUCGAUGUCGAUCGUGAGCCUCUGCGCCGGCGUGCCGAUGUCCACCGGGCCAUAAUACAAGAGGUCGACGUUUCCAGGUGCGAAGUCUUGCAGCGGCUCGACGCCCGUGCCCAUCCCAAGGUCCUCCUCGUCGGCGUCCCCGGCAUCUUCGGCGCCUGCGUCUUCGGCAGACGAGGAGGAGGAGUCUAUCGACGAAGCCCCAGAUGGAGAGGAAGAGGUGGUGGAGGUGGUGGAGAUAUUGCCGAAUGGGUACAAGACGUGCGGGAGGGAGGGUGAUUGCACGUCAGACGAUGUAUCAAAAGCGGAGGGCUCGUAGAACUGUGCG